ACCACCCUCGCCUCUCUCUCUCACACACUGAGCGCAGCUGGAGCCACCUUCAAUCUUCGUACUUUGAACACGAGCCACACCUUCUCUACACAUCAGCCAGCCAGCAGCUCUCCGCAGGCACGGCCCGCAUCUGCUCCAACAUGGCCUCGGCAGCCAGCAUGACGCCCUCCGCGGCGAUCGAGUUCCUGGCUCAGCAGCGUCGUCGGCCAGAGCGGCUCUCCCUGCAGACAGUGCAGGCAGCAGAGACGCUCCUGCGCGCCGCACAGCUCGAGACGAUGGGCGACGAGAUGUGGCCCUUCCUCGAGCAGGUCGCCAUUGCGGCGCUCGACUGUGGACGGCGGGAGCUGGCUGAGCUCUGCACUUCCCGUCUGAACACGCGUUUCCCAGACUCCGCACGCGUCGCUUCGCUGCAGGGGAUGCUCCUCGAAGCAUCUCAAGAGUACGAGAAGGCGCUUGCAUUCUACGAUGCCGAGCUGAAGAAGGACGAGGGCAACUUGAUCAUCGUGAAGCGCCGCAUCGCAGUGCUGAAGAGCAUGGAGGGCACGACUGCGCGUGGAGGAGGCAUCCAGGAGGCGAUCAAGGCAUUGACGGCCUACGUCGACACGUACUAUGCCGAUGCCGAGGCGUGGGCGGAGCUGGCGGCGCUCUACAGCGAGGUGCACAUGUAUCCGCAGGCGAUCUUUGCGCUCGAAGAGCAGAUUCUGCUCCAGCCGCAGUCCGGCUUCGCGGUGCUGCAGCUGGCAGAGACGCAGUACACGGCGGCGCGGUAUGAGGAGGCGUGCACGAGCUAUCUGCGCGUGCUCGAGAUGGCGCAUGUGGAGGAGGGAGUGAGGAAGACGGGCCCUUGGAUGCGGGCUGUUUGGGGCCUGAAGAUGACAACGUCCAAGCUCCUGUCCUCGGGCGUGGUGCGCGACGCAGCAACCACACAGCGUCUCGACGCCCUCGCUACCGAGCUGCUCUCGAGCCGCGUGUACGGCGGCGCCGGUGCGCCUGCCCACACGCGCAAGGCGGCGCUCGCCGUGCUUAGCGCGGCACGGUGAGGCGGCAGGAGGCGAUAUGCAAUAGAACAGGGC